AUGUCUGCACUCAAACGCAAACACGAUACUUUCUAUUAUGAUUCCCCUUCUUCCAAAAGGCCUAUGCCAGGCAAUAGUGUUCAACGCUCACCACUUGGUACGUUUUCCAAUGGACCAACCCAUCUUCCUCCUACCCCAUUAUCCAAUUCAAAAGUGAAGAAAGAACAACUCUCUGCCAUGCAGAGGCAGCCUGAGCACACUAUCAGAAAAGACGUUGAAGAGGGGGAGCCCGAGAGUCAGCUGCCUGCUUCUGAGCGCGAGCAGAUUCGACAGAUGUUGCAGGAGAAGUAUGACGACCUCAUGCUGGCUUUCAAGAAGAAGUCAUUUGAAGUCAAAACUCUCGAAGGCAAGGUCAAAGUGUCACAGGCCCAGCUUGCCUCGAGUCAGGAUCAGCUUCAGCUUCUUGCAGAGAGCCGGCAGGAUCUGAUCAACGACUUGCAGUCAAAACAGAAGAAAUCUCUCCAGACAGAACAACGUUUGCGGGCAGAGCGAGAUCAAACAAAGAAUGAGUUGGCUUCAGUACAAGUAGAGAGGGACACAGCGGUCUUGGAACGCGAUGCUGCGCAGAAGGAAACCAGUAAAGUCGAGAGCGAGCUGCGGGAGUACCAACAGUUAUUUGAUUUGCAUGCGAAGCUCCUCGCUAGAGCUCAAGCUCAAAUUCAUUAG